AUGCCCUCCGCAGCUUCUGGCGCAGCAGCAGAUGAACCAGAUGUACUGGCAGCAGAUGCACCUGAACCAGAUGCACCAGAAUCAGAUGCACCUGAACCAGAUGCGGCUGCAGCAGGCAAUGCACCUCCAGCAGCAGCAACAGAGGGAGUGGAUGGAGCAGCAGCACAAGCGCUUGCCUGUAUCAAGUCCUCUUUCGUUGCACCGACCACCAGUCCCAUUCCUCCUACCACCAGCAACCAUGCUUCCAUUCCACGCUCCGCUUAUCCACUCCACACCCCCCCUCCUAGCUUCACAUCCCACGAUACCUCUACCGCCGUAUCCUCGUUAAGAGCAUACUCGGCGGACUUAGCCUCCAGGAACAACGUGCUGCAUCGGGGAAACCGCAAAAACCAUUGUCGAACGUCGAAGGCCUCCCGUCGAUCUCACGAAUCUCCCGCUUCCCGUCAGAGCUUCGUGCAUUUCGAGUCGGCCAAUAAGUCUGUGAGAGCAGCCGGGAGCCAUGUCGCAGCCGCGGCGAGCGACGUCGCAGCCGCUGCUGCGAGCGUCGCAGAAGCGUCGCUGGACGAGCGGGUGGAGCUUGGCGAGCUUGAGGGUCGCGCGAGGGAGGAAGCGGAGGCCGUGCAAGCUGCCGUCUUUCAGGCCGCACAGGAACUAGAUGAUGUAGCGGCAGAGGCUGUAGCUGCUGCUGAUGCUGCUGCAGAGGGAGAGGGAGAGACGAGGGAGGAGAGGGGUCAGGGUUUAGGGGGCGGUUCCGCAGAUGGUAGGGCGCGGACGAAGCGGUUGUUGCAGUGGGCGCGGGAGCUACACGGCGGAACUCCCCCCGCGCCUGCAUUGCGCGCGCGUGAGAAUCGUGUCAUGGGCUGCGUCGCGCAGGUGUGGCUCCACGUGGAACUUGAGGAAGACACGUCAUCAACUGACGGCACAGAACUUUCCCGUCUCAAGCUCCGCCUGCAGGCCGAUAGCGAUUCGGAUCUGACACGUGGCAUUUGCCAGCUCCUCCUAGAGAUCUUUAACGGCCGCAGCGUCAGCGCCGCGCUAGCGUUAGACUCCAACGGACCGGCAAUUAAAGCCCUCACUGCCGCCCUAAAACCCGCCGCUGCUGGCGCAUCUUCCGCUAAGGCCGCCCCCGCUGUACGCACAUCCACCUUUGUAAGCCUCCUCCUCUCCCUGCAAAAACGCGCGCGCGCCCUUGUGGCGGCGUCGCUCGGUCGGACUCCGUCAGUGGCACCGUUACCGUCAAUCGUGAUCGGCCGGGGCGGGUCGAUCACCGCUCGCGGGGAUUUCGCGGUGACCCAGGCGCAGUACCUCCGCCCAAACGACGCGGCAGUCGCGGCGCUAGUUACCGAGCUAUCUAGCAAGCGCAUCGGCGUCGUGGCGCAUUUCUACAUGGACGCGGAAGUUCAGGGCGUGUUGGUCGCGGCGCGCAAAUCCUGGCCGCACAUCAAGAUCUCGGAUUCGCUGGUGAUGGCGGACGGGGCGCUCAAGAUGGCGCAGGAGGGGUGUGACUAUAUCGCGGUCCUGGGGGUGGAUUUUAUGGCGGAGAACGUGCGGUGCGUGCUUGAAAAGGGCGGCUUCGCCCACGUGCCGGUCGUUCGAAUGGCGGCGUCCCCCAUCGGGUGCUCGUUGGCGGACGCGGCGCGGAGCGACGCGUACGAGAGGUAUCUUAAGGAGGCGUCGACGGUGCCCAAGUCGCUGCACGUGAUCUAUAUCAACACGGCGCUGGAUACCAAAGCCGUGGCGCAUCAUGCGGUGCCGACUAUCUCGUGCACGUCGUCGAACGUGGUGCAGACCGUAUUGCAGGUAAGCCAGUGUGACCGUGGUGUUAAAGCCGUGGCGCAUCAUGCGGUGCCGACUAUCUCGUGCACGUCCUCAAACGUGGUGCAGACCGUAUUGCAGGUAAGCAACCGUCACCG